ACCGCUCAUGAAUGUACGUAACUUGCAAAGUUGCAAUAAGAUUAUAAGAGGCUGUUGAAUCGUUGAUGCGGUGUUCUGUGUUUCAUCACUUCGACGUAUUUUUGUUGAUAUAGUUUUGCUUUUACACCGUGCAUAAGGUUGCUGAGCGUGCCGAGAAGACCAUGGCGGAACUAGACAUACACGCUGUGCAGAUUGCGAGUAAACCGCUCGAGGAGGAACCGACCAGCAGGAAUGAGGAGCUCUCCUCCGAAUCCGAUGACGACAGCGAUAUCCUUGAAGGACUCCACAGGGACAGCGUGCGGAAGGAAAGUACCCACGAAACUGCUAAGGAACCGUCCCACUUAUCUCCAUACGAUUACAUGGUUACGGGGAAGCCGUCGCAUCUUAGCGAAGAAUCGUCCGAAAUCACUCCGAACACGAUACAAUUGCCGGAAUCUGUCACCCUCUUGAAAAUGGGAACGGUUCGCUCGAUUAUCGAUAAUGUGGUGGUGGUAGAGGCUGACAGGGAUUCAGCACCAUUGGAUUUGGACUCGUUAUUAUUUCUUAGUCGUGACAGAAUACUAGGGCGAAUAUUCGAUGUGUUCGGACCGGUAAUUCGUCCUCUGUACUCAGUUCGCUUUCGGACCGCCGAAAACAUUCCCACCGAUGUGCAGAUCGGUAUGGACACCUUCGUGUCCCCUGCGGACCCUCAGCUAACGUCCUACGUCUUCGUCCACGACCUUCGCCAGCACAAGGGCACUGAUGCCUCCUGGGAAGACAAUUCCGAGCUUCCCGAAGAGUUGGUCGAGUUCUCCGAUGACGAAGCCGAGCGGCAAUAUAAGCAACAGUUGCAACGAAAAAAACGCCUGGCGGAGCCAGCCGCGACAGCUCCCGUCAACAGGAUGCCCAGAAAACCACAGGCACCAGUGAUGCCUCGCCAUCCGGUCGCUGCACCGCGUCCAUUCGCUCCGUGGAUGCUGCCGCCGCGACCGGAAGCGCCCCUCAUGUACCCGGGCGCGUUUGCUCAUCGUCCGUGUGGACCAAUUGGACCUCCGGCAUUUUUCCCUAGAAUGCCGGCUAAUACAGCGCCGUUGCAACAAUCUUCCCACGCGCCUGUUCUGCCGCCUCCAGGCGACUUAACGACGAAGAUUGUGCUGCCACAAAAAAUCCCCGUUGCUCCUUCUCUACCGUCCAUGGAAACCUUGUCGUUUACCGAAGCCAAGCCGCUGAUCACCAGUCCCAAACUGCUUCCAGGAGCAGAUAUGUUGUUCUACAAUCCGAAAGAUGAUCCUACCGUCAAUCAAAGUAAAUCUCCGUUUCCGUCUAGGCCGUUUUUGAGGUGAUUGACUUGACGUGAAUUUUGUACUGUUAAAUGUCUUUACCGAAUUCUGGUUCUUGUGAAUCUGAAGUCUAUUAGGACCACUGCUGAAAUUUACUAUUCCCAAUAAAUUGUUUUGUUCAUAUUUUUGGGGAUCAGUUGUCGACUUCUCGCGUACAUUUAUCCAAAGCGUUAAGAAUUACAACCAGCCAGUGCAGUAA